UGCUCUGCUCUUUCAACCAUUGAUCAUCACCUUUCUUCAAGGAUGAAAAGUCAAAAUAGUCGAUUCCAUAGCACGAAAGUUGCCGAACUGAAGCGUUUCAUCUAAGGAACUAAUGAAUUUAUUGGCAUCAAAAUCAAGUUUCAAAUGGCUCUUCCUACCACCCUCUCCUCUUCUCUCCGAAUGAACCAAUCUCUCUACAUCUUUGUAUCUUCUCUUUCACAGGCUCCGAUUAAUUUCGUAUGUAAGAUGAUCAAGCCGGCAAGACCCGACGGCCGGAGAUUCAUAAUCACCUCCUUCUUCUUCAUUCUCUUUCUCUGUGUCUUGGCUUCCCUCAACGAAGUCCGAUUCGAUAGUCUACUCAAGUUCGGGAGAUGCGCUCUCUCCAAAAUGCCACAUCAAGCGCGGAUAUCUGAAAAUUUUGCGACGUCGGUAAGCGACUCGUCGUCCGGGGACGAUAUCAGAAUUCUUCUAGGCAUCUUAACGCUUCCCGACCAGUACCACCGCCGUCACUUCCUCCGCCUCAUCUACGGUACGCAGUCUCCGGCCGGCGCCAAAGUCGACGUGAAGUUCGUCUUCUGCAACCUCACCAAGGAAGAUCAGAAAGUUCUGGUCGCCCUAGAGAUAAUGCGGUACGACGAUAUCAUUAUACUCGACUGCAAAGAGAACAUGAACAAGGGUAAGACUUACACCUACUUUUCGAGCUUGCCGGAGAUGCUAAACAGCUCCGACCGGCCAUACCCGCCGUACCAUUACGUGCUGAAGGCCGACGACGACGCGUAUUUCAGGUUAGAAAACCUGGUGGAGUCACUGAAGCCCUUGCCCAGAGAAGAUCUGUACUAUGGCUAUGUUAUUCCAUGCCCUAGCAUGGACCCUUUCGUUCAUUACAUGUCUGGAAUGGGAUUUCUGGUUUCUUGGGACAUAGUUGAGUGGAUUAGGGUUUCUGAUAUACCGAAGAACAAUCUUGAAGGUCCGGAAGACAAGAUUUUUGGGCAAUGGAUGAGAGAUGGCCACCGGGCAAAGCAUCGGUUCAAUGCUAAGUGGUCGAUGUAUAAUUAUCCGGAGCCGCCGACGAGAUGUACGCACGAGCUCUGGCCGGACACCAUUGCCGUUCAUCUUCUGAAGAAUCAGGAGAAGUGGAUCCAUACAUUGACGUAUUUCAAUGUCACCCAGAAUUUGAAGCCUUCGAAACUGUAUCAUAUACCUUAGGUACCAACAAUAUGAAUAACUAUAGAUUUUGGUAAAAUUAAUUCUUUUAUAUCCAGCAGUGUACGUAUUCAGAUUUUGGCUCUCUUUGUUUGUGAUUUUGGCAUACAAAAAUGAGAACUACUUGUCUAGGCAGCUCUUGGCGUUCCUAGCUAGCUAGGAUUAAUUAAUCAUGCCAUUUGUAUUGCAUUUGAAAGAAAGAACUGGAUUUAUACUUUUCUAAUCUAAUCUACUCAACAAAUUCAUGGCAUUCCAUCAGUUUAUUUUAAUGUGGAAUCAAUAACUUGCAUAAUAGAAAGCAUCUGGGUCGACUAUGAGUUUA